AUGAGUUCUGAAUCUGAAAGUGAAGACCCAUUUACUGGGUAUGAUAGUGAUAAGGAUAAUGAAUAUUUUCCAUCAGAGAGCGACAGGUUGGUAGUACAAGUUAUUCAAGGUUAUGUUAGUGAACUAACAGCUGAUAUAAUCAUUUCAGCAAUGAAAAUGAGGAUCCUGCUUUCGAAAUUGGGGAAAAACUUGUUCCGGUAUCUCAGAUACCUACAACUAGCAAAUACUUCUAAGCAGGUUCCAGAAAGAAGACGUAAGGGCAAAUGUGAAGACAAUUCUAAGAAGAAAGCUAGUUUUUAUUUUUAUUUUACUAUAGAUUCUAAUCGAAUUCAAAAACGCAGUAUACCAGAAGAUGCAAAACAAUUGCGUCCUAAAAACGAUCGCUGUGACGUAUGCGAACUUGUGAAGCUAAAUGAAAUGGAUCAAACACAGCUUGAUGAACAAACAAAAAUAAAUUAUGAAAAACAUAUGGUUGAGAAAAAGACAUGUCGGCAGGAAAGACAUUCAGACAGGGAAAGCAAGGAGAAAACAGUUCUCUGUUUCGAUCUCCAGAACGUUUUGACUUGCCCAAAGGCUGAGGUCAGCAAAUUUUAUUAUAAAAGUAAACUAUCAGUGUAUAACUUAACCGCACACUUAUCUCUCACAAAACAAGUUUACUGUGCAGUAUGGACUGUGCACUUAAUUGGGAGGACAGGAAACGACAUUGCAAGCGCACUUUACAAAAUUCUGAGUCAGGUGGUUAAAGAUCAUCCCAUCAUGACUGAAUUGAUACUGUGGUAUGACAGUUGCGUCCCCCAAAACAGAAACUCAAUUAUAUCGUUUGCAAUUACAAGACUGCUUUGGGAGGGCCAAACUAACUUGAAAACGGUUACAAUUAAGUACUCUGUGCCUGGUCACUCUUGUGUUCAAGAGAUUGAUGCAACACACAGUGCUAUCGAAAGAGUUCUAGAUAAAACAGAGUACUAUAGUCCUCUGUCACUCAUCAGGAUCCUUCUAAAAGUGAACGCACAUAGACCUUAUAAAAUUAUACAAAUGCAACUCAAGGAUUUUAUGAACUUCCAAACGGUUUGUUCUCUACAUCGUUAUAAUAGAGUACCCUUCUCUAAAGUUUCAUCACUUCAAUUUCGCAAAUCCAUACCUCACAUUGUACAUUACAAAAUAUCUCGUUCAGAGAAUUCUUUUAAGUACAAAAUGAAAAAAUUAUGGAAAAUGGUCUACAAAGUAGACUAA